UUCAGCAUUUACUUGUUUGUACAAAGCAAAACAACUCCAAACAGAGACCUUCCUUCUUUCAUUCUCUCUCCAUUGCACCUUCCCUUCUUCUUUUCUCUCUCAUUUUUCAGAUUCUUCCAAUGCUCUUUUCUCUUUCAUUCAACUCUUCAGAUUCUCACCUAAAAUUUCCACUAAUUAAUUAAUUUCUGUAAUUCUCUUUGAUUUUUGCUUCUGUAAAAAAAGUACUUUUAAAGACUUUAAAACUAAAACUGCUUCUUCUUCUGGUUUUAUUGAUUUUUGCUUUUUUUUUUCUCCUUCUUCUUGCAAGCAGGGUUUAUUGUUUUUUCUUCUUCUCGUCGAAAAUUAAUUAAACUAACUGUUGGUUUAUUUUUCAGAAAAUUUCCAGUUUUUUCUUUUAUUGAACCUUUUGUUUUUGUAAUUACUUUGCUUUUGUUUGAGGAAAAGAUUGAGAAAUGGGUAAACAAGGACCUUGCUAUCACUGUGGAGUUUCAAGCACACCACUUUGGCGUAAUGGCCCACCUGAGAAGCCAAUUUUGUGCAAUGCAUGUGGUUCUCGAUGGAGGACAAAGGGAACACUUGCGAAUUAUACCCCUUUACAUGCUCGAACAGAACCUAAUGAUUACGAAGAUCAAAGAGUUUCAAGGUUAAAGAUUGUAUCAGUGAAUAAGAACAAAGAAGUGAAAUUGGUUAAACGAGAGCAGAACCAUGAUAAUGCUUAUGCUGCAUCUGGAUGGCUCAACCCUGAAUAUAAUCAUGGAUUUCUAAAGGCUGUGGAUGAGGAUACUAGUAAUAGAUCAAGUUCAGGGUCAGCCAUCUCUAAUUCUGAAAGCUGUGUUCAAUUUGGUGGUAUCGAUCCUAGUGAUUUGACAGGUGCUUCUCAAUCAGUGGUCUGGGAUACCGUGGUGCCUUCGAAGAAGAGAACAUGUGCUGGUCGUCUGAAGCAUUCGUCUGUUGAAAAGCUCACGAAAGAGUUGUGUAAUAUUCUUCACGAACAGCAACAGCAGUCUUGUUUUUCUGCUUCUUCUGAAGAGGAACUUCUAUAUGAAAAUGAAGCACCAAUGGUCUCUGUAGAGAUUGGACAUGGAAGCAUGCUCAUUAGGCAUCCUAGCUCUAUAGCUCGAGAUGAAGAGUCCGAGGCUAGCUCUCUUUCAGUUGAUAAUAAACAAUGCUUAGUGAAUGAGGCAUAUUCGUGUUAUGGUUCAAUUCCCAUGCUUAGCGAUUACACUAGCAUGAAUUUCUCUUCUCGGGGAGUUGCGAAGAUCGAAAGCUCUGCUGGCAAAAGAAUGCAGCAAGAGAAACUUGAGCGGAACAACUCUCAGCUUGAAAAACUAGAAGUUCUAGAAAAUCAUGAUUCAUCACUCUUCCAAAUAGAAUUAAAAGAUGCAGUGAACUACGAGGAGUUUUCAAGAAACUUGACAGAUGAAGAGCAGCAGCAAUUACUGAAGUAUCUCCCUGUGGUUGAUACUGCAAAACUUCCUGAUAGGGAAGGUGUAUUCGAUAGCUCUUUGUUGGGGGACAACCCUGAAGACCGUAAGACGCCGAAAAGGCUUGCAUUGUCUAACCUGUCAAAGUCAAAAUGGGUAGAACACUAUAAUCAUCUCAAGAGUGGUGGAAACAAAGCUGGAAAAUGUGAUGAUAUGGAAUCUCCUGCUGUGGAAUCAAGUAAUUUUGCAAAUGUUAAGAGAUUGCGUGUCGGCCAAAACCAAAAUUUUCCAGAAUUGAAGGCAACAAUGAGGAGUCCCAAAAGGGUCAUCAUAAAAGCUAGCAGUGGCGGCAAAGAAAUUGUAGAAGGCUCUAGCAUCAGUGAUGGCAAAGAAAUUGCAGAGGGCUCUAACAUCUUUGUCGACGAGAGUACUGAUCACGAUCUGCUGCUAGAUUUUCCAUCCAACAAUUCUUUUCCACAGGCAGAGCUCUUGCUCCCAACUUCUAGCUCGGUUGCUCAAGGAAGCACCAGUAGUAGCUCGGUACACUCUCGUGUUACUCGUCCUUGACUAAUCUUCACUAUGAACAUAAUUUUAUGUUUGGUUAUGGUCCGCAUGUUUUGCUUGCGUCUUAUAAACAUCGGAAUCCUUGUUCAAGAGAUCUGCUGGUUGUUCUUUUGUUUUCUUGCAACCUUAUUGAGCUUGGAUUGCCAAGGGAUGCAAGUUGGAUGGACUUUUUUUGUAUAGGUAAAUGAUAGAUUGUAACAUAUAUAAAUAUAUAGCACGAAAUGUGGAGUGGUAUACUCCAUAGUUUUGUAUGCGAUUGUAUCUUAUGUUUUGUGAAUUAUUUGAUACCCUCCCUCCACAGAAACACCAUUCAUAUGAAGAAAUAAAUGAAUGAAGAACUAGACAAUUAUUUUGGCUGUAA